UGGGGCUCUAGGAGGGCGCUGAAAUAUCGGGGGAGAUAGAGCUGUGGGCAAGAUUCGGGGAUGCUCGAAUGAGACUAUGGAAGGGCCCAAGGAAUUGAGGACCGAUGUCAGGAUGCCAUUGUGCUGUGGAGGUAAGAGAGAUAUCUACAGGUGAUAGAAAAAAAAAGUGAGGCUACAUGUGGUAAUGACAUAGGAGGGGCUGGUUUGGGAGGAAAGGCUGGGAAAUCGGCAGUCUCAUUCCUCAAAGAGAGCUCCAGUCGUUGAGCUGGCCUUUGGUUUGUAGGGAGCAAGGCAUGCAGGAAGGGUACUGAGGUUCUGACCAAGGCUGAGGAUGCUCAUAGCUGGCAAUAUCUCAGUGGUAAUUCCCUUGUGGGACUUGCCACCCCCUCUGCAGAGAAUAUCGCACAGGGAAAGGAAAAGGGAACAUGCAUUGAUUAGGCAUCGACUGUGUGCCAGGCACUCUGUUAAAUGCUUUAGCAAUAUUCCGUCAUUUGAUUGAUAGUAACAUUGCACAGAGGCCAUGUGCAGUCUGUCCCCUCGAUUUCAGACGUUUCUCUCCUUUCUCCUUUUGAAAUGGAACAGUGAUUUGAGGAGACAUUAUAAGUCUUGUCAUCCGAGUCUUUGGUACUCUCUGUCAGACCAGUGGCAGGAGGAUGGGCCUGGAGGAUUUGUAAUUCCAUUCUGCCGAGAUGCUUUUCCCCUCCCUCUUUCUUCUCCAUCCAUAAGCCUUCUCCCUGGGGGAUCAGGUCAGAGCUUUACCAUCUGGAUCUCAGCAGGGGAGAGGAACCUCCUUCCUUCAGGGAUCAGCUCCAACCCCUCUCCCCUUUAUUAAAGGCAGGACCCAGCCGAUGUCAAGUCCUAUACUCUUGAGGAAGGGGGAAAGCCAGUUUCUGGUGGGAUUCCAGUGUUCUGUGGUAUUCUGCGCCCUCUGCUCCAGGCCUUAGUUUCCCUUUGCCCAAAAUGGGGAGAUCUUGAGCACAUGGUGAUGAGUUUCCGAGUGUCUGAGCUCCAGGUGCUUCUGGGCUUUGCAGGCCGAAACAAGAGUGGGAGAAAGCACGAGCUACUGACCAAGGCCCUGCAGCUUCUCAAGUCUGGCUGUGGCCCCAGCGUCCAGAUGAAGAUCAAAGAACUUUACCGCCGUCGCUUCCCCCGAAAGGCCCUUGUACCUUCUGAGCUCUCGCUGCUGUCUCUGCCCCCGGGAGCUCCACCCAUCGUCCCUCCUGGCCCCUUGCCACCUGCCCCCUCCACCCUCCUGCCUUCAGGACCCCUCUUGGGAGGGCCUAAACGUGAGGCUGAUGUCCACCCUUCCCUGCCCCAGCCAGUCCACCCUGAUGUCACGAUGAGGCCACUGCCCUUCUAUGAUGUGUAUGGGGAACUCAUCCGGCCCACCACCCUCGCAUCCACAAACAGCCAGAGGUUUGAGGAGGCUCAUUUCACCUUCGCGUUGACACCACAGCAAGUGCAGCAGAUCCUCGCCUCUAGGGAUGUCCUGCCCGGGGCCAAGUGUGACUAUACAGUACAGGUACAGCUCAGGUUCUGUCUCUGUGAGACCAGCUGUCCCCAGGAAGAUUAUUUUCCUCCUAACCUCUUUGUCAAGGUUAAUGGGAAACUGUGUCCCUUGCCGGGUUAUCUUCCCCCAACCAAGAAUGGGGCUGAACCCAAAAGGCCCAGCCGACCUAUCAACAUCACAUCCUUAGUUCGACUUUCAGCCACUGUCCCCAAUACUAUUGUGGUCAACUGGUCAUCUGAGUUCGGCCGGAAUUAUUCGCUGUCGGUGUACCUAGUGAGGCAACUGACCUCAGUGACGCUCCUGCAGAAACUGAGAGCCAAGGGCAUCCGGAAUCCAGACCACUCUCGGGCACUGAUCAAAGAGAAAUUGACAGCUGACCCUGACAGUGAGGUGGCCACCACAAGCCUUCGGGUGUCACUCAUGUGCCCGUUAGGGAAGAUGCGUUUGGCUGUCCCGUGCCGGGCCCUCACCUGUGCCCACCUACAGAGCUUCGAUGCUGCCCUCUACCUGCAGAUGAAUGAGAAGAAGCCAACAUGGACUUGUCCUGUGUGUGACAAGAAGGCUCCCUAUGAAUCUCUGGUCAUAGAUGGAUUAUUCAUGGAGAUUCUGAAUUCAUGCACUGACUGUGAUGAGAUCCAGUUCAUGGAAGAUGGAUCCUGGUGCCCAAUGAGGCCCAAGAAGGAAACACCAGAGGUUUGCCCCACGCCAGGGUAUGGGUUAGAUGGUCCCCCCUUUGGUCCUGGCCCUGAGGGCAAGCCCCCAGAAAGCAAGAAGAAGAUUGAGGUUAUUGACCUCACACUUGACAGCUCUUCAGAUGAGGAAGACUUGCCCCCUGCCAAGAAGCACUGUCCAGUCACCUCGGCUGCCAUCCCUGGCUCCCUCGGAGGCAAAGGCUUCCUCUCUCCUUACAGAGUACUGGCUACCAAUCACCAGCCAUCAUCUGUACUCCGGAGCCCAGCUAUGGGCACCCUGGGCAGUGACUUCCUGUCCAGUCUUCCUCUUCCCGAUUAUCCACCAGCUUUUCCACUGGGGACUGAAAUCCAGGGUUUGGACUUAUUUACUUUCUUUCAGAACGAGAGUCAGCACUACAGCCCUUCGGUCAUCACCUCAAUAGAUGAGCAGGAUACCGUCGGCCAUUUCUUCCAGUACCGAGGCACCCCUCCCCACUUCCUGGGUCCGCUGGCCCCUGUGCUGGGGAGCUCUCACCGAGGCUCUCCUCCAGCACCCCCUCCAGGCCGAGUCAGCAGCAUCGUGGCCCCUGGGGGGGCCCUGAGGGAUGGACAUGGGGGACCCCUCCCUCCAGGCUCUUCCCUCACUGGCUGUCGGCCAGACAUUAUCUCCCUGGACUGAAACUCUAGGGUCCUGGACCUCCUCACCCAUCUCCAGCACUGAGUGGGGACAGCAGGGGAGCCCUGUCCCUCAGCCCCAUGAACUGAUUCCCUUGGGGGUUCUGGCCAGAGGCUACAAGCAGAAACUCAUGGACCUGUGCUCCUGGCCCCCUCUCUGCUGAGGGAGAGGCUAGCACCCAAAGGGUUAAUAUUUAACCUCCUUAAAAGGACAUUUUGGGUUUAGUUUUGAAAAUGCUCUUCAGAUGGAGUCAUGUAAGCCAAGAAGGGGCAGGGAGAUGUAAGAGUUGUGCCUAACUUUUGGGGCUGGAUGGUUUUCCAUUCUCUUCUUCCUUUCCCCUACUGCUCCAUGUGUCUUGGAACUAGAUCGGAAGCAGUUGGAGUGGGAAGCGGGUGAGUGUUGGUGGGUGGAUGGUUGGAUGGAUGGGAGAUCUCGAUCGGUCCCCCUCAAUACACCCAAUAUUUCUUCUAUGUCCAUUCAUUCCCCUUCCGCAGAUGGGACAGACAGAUGGAGAGACAAAGAUAGGGCCUGAGAUCUCUAUUUUCAGUUGCAGCUUUUUGUACAUAAAUGAGAAAAACCAAAAAACUCCAAAGAUGACCUUUGCUCCUUUCUCAGUCUGACUGAGGAUGAGAUCAGGAGAUCUACCUUCUCUGCCUCUCUAAGGUUUGGGAUGGGAGAGGAGGUAGGGUUUUGUCCUGUUGCCUGGUUCUCUAUUUAUAUAUAUAUAAAUAAAUAUAUAUAUAUAUUUAAGUUGAUGAUGAUUCCCCAAGGCCUCCCUAUCCUGGGGUCUGAGUUUCCAGUGGGAUCCAUAGUCUUAACAGUUAUGGUCAUGGAACUCAUUCUGCACCUUUGGGGGGGGAGACAUUCAGUCCCCCCUCCCCCAGAUUCACCCUUCCCUCUUUUAUGACCUUUGUUUUAAUUUAAUUUCAUAUUUCCAAAGUUGUAGCAAUGUUCUCAACGACAAUAAAGGUUGUGAAUCCUA